AGCUUACUCAAAAUUGGGAAAAAAAAAAGUAGGAAAGAAAAGAAGAACACCACAGCCACAGAAAAAAAGUGAACACCAGUGAUACGCGUUUGAAGUUCCAGAUGUCGCCUGGCCGACGUCGUUUUCCCUGAUUGGAACGUUCCGAGUGGAGAUCAUUACUGCAUAUGGCAAUAGCCUUCAAUCCUGUGUCCAUUUAUAUUUUCUUGUGCACACUCAGGGCGGGAGAUUAACCCCCAAAAAAUAACUACCAAAAGAAUUUAAGAAUGUGCCAUCUUCUCUGAACCUCUUCUUCCUCUCUCUUCCUCGCCCUCGCUCGAUCUCUGUGGUCUCCGGAGGUGGUUUAACGGGUUUUUUUUUUGGGGGCAGAAUGGGGUAUAUAGGGGCACAUGGUGUAGCUGCGCUCCACAGGUACAAGUACAGUGGUGUUGAUCACUCCUACGCUGCCAAAUAUGUCCUCCAACCCUUUUGGAGUCGUGUCGUUAAUUUUUUCCCCCUUUGGAUGCCUUGCAUUUGGAAAAUUUCCAAGUCCGAACAUGAUAACACUUACGGGAUUCAUCUUCUUGGGCAUUUCUGCACUGCUUGGCUACAUUUAUUCACCUCGCUUGGAUACACCUCCUCCAAGAUGGGUUCAUGUUGCGCAUGGUUUGCUACUUUUUCUCUAUCAGACCUUUGAUGCUGUUGAUGGAAAGCAAGCAAGACGAACAAAUUCUUCAAGUCCAUUAGGGGAGCUCUUUGACCAUGGAUGUGAUGCUCUUGCUUGUGCGUUGGAAGCAUUGGCUUUUGGGAGCACUGCUAUGUGUGGAAGAAGUACUUUCUGGUACUGGGUGAUUUCUGCCAUUCCAUUUUACUGUGCAACAUGGGAACACUAUUUCACCAAUACCCUUAUUCUUCCGGCUAUCAAUGGACCUACAGAGGGUCUCAUGUUGAUUUAUCUGUCACAUUUCUUCACAGCUAUUGUAGGUGCUGAGUGGUGGGUUCAACAAUUUGGGAAGUCCAUACCCUUAUUCGGUUGGGUGCCAUUUCUUAAGGAAAUUCCCACAAACAGAGCCGUGUUGCUUCUGAUGACAGCUUUUGGUGUUAUACCAACGGUCACAUGCAACAUACACAAUGUCUAUACAGUAGUUCAGGGAAGAAAAGGAAGCAUGCUGCUGGCACUAGCAAUGCUUUGCCCUUUUGCUACACUCUUGGGAGGAGUCCUUGUUUGGGAUUAUUUGUCUCCAUCUGACAUAAUGGGGAACUAUCCACAUUUAGUUGUAUUGGGAACUGGACUUGCUUUUGGUUUCCUUGUGGGAAGGCUGAUCCUGGCUCAUUUGUGUGAUGAACCAAAGGGGUUGAAAACUAAUAUGUGCUUGUCACUACUGUAUCUCCCUUUUGCCAUUGCAAAUGCACUCACAGCCAGAUUGAAUGAUGGAGUUCCUUUAGUUGAUGAGAGUUCGGUUCUUCUCCUGUACUGUCUAUUCUCAGCGGGACUCUAUGUGCACUUUGCCACAUCUGUCGUUCAUGAAAUCACGAGUGCGUUGGGAAUCUAUUGCUUCAGGAUAACUAGGAAGGAAGCUUGAAUUUUGCUGGUGUCUUCUUUGGGCCGUCAAGUCAAGAAUGAUGCAACAGCUAUGCAGAGGUUUUCUUUUUGUUUUCUUUUCCCCUCUAUACAACGUUGAUGGCUAUGCUGUCUAUCCUAUGGGUUUUAGUAUUUGAGGCCCACGCCCAAAUGGAAGAUCCGGCCUGUUUAGAUAUAUAAAAGGCCAGUGUAAUAGAAGCAUUAGAAAUCUACAGUUGCAGAUAUGGAUUACUUUCUAUUCUUUUCCUUUUCUUUUUUUUAAACAAAUUAGACAAUUGGUUUCUGUUUGGAAAGAAAGCCGACUGAUAAUUUCUUCA